AAAUUUGAUAUGAAGUAAUGUUUUUGAGCUUCGAAUUCGUCAUUCAAACCCGAAUUUAAUGACGUUCAAACAGAACCGAAAAGUGUUAAGUUUUUAAAUAAAAUAUGAUUGAGCGAUAAAUAGAAUUGUCUAUGUUGGCUUGUUUAAAGUGCAUUCUUAUUGAAAACAACGGGGAAAAUAACAAAUUGAAAACUACGCUUCAACUAUGGUUAUAGCUUUCGUUUAUACAUUUUUUAGCUUAAUUAUUUGCUAUUCAAAAUUUAAUGAGGCGACAGAAAAUAAUAACACAAGCAAGCUUUGCGAACUUCAAAAGCUAUUAGCAAAACGACCGCCAAAACAAAAAAAUCAAAAACAAUUAAUAGAAAUACAUUCUGGAAACAGAUGCAAGUUGGAUCGAAAUUUUUUAUCGUUCUCAAUAGAUGCAAUUGAAGUAAUGAGACGUUUUAGAUGCUUUCCAUUAAGGUCAGCAAAAAUUAACGUUCUUGCCAGUGGGUUAUCCCCAGCUUUUCUCCGUAUAGGUGGAACGCCACAAGAUUUCUUGACUUUUUUUGAUAAAGCAAAGGAAAGUGAUUUUAAAACGUCGUGUACACCAGAGUUUGAGAAUUGGCGCAAACUAAAACCUUUUAAGAUAAGUUCCCAAUACUUUGAAGAAAUCGGAUUGUUUGCAAAAGUAAACCAUUUAGAACUAAUUUUUGGUUUAAAUGCUUUGAAAAGAUAUUCAAAUAUGUCUUGGGACAAUAAUAAUGCUGUUGAAAUAAUGAAAUUCAUGAAGGGUAAAAAUCUCACAACUAUAUGGACUCUAGGAAACGAACCUAACCGCUUUAAAAAGUAUGGAACAAAAGUUAGCAUAAGUCCACGUCAGUUAGCAGCUGACUUUCUUAAACUACGUUCAAUAACAACUCAUAAAAUUUACGGACCAGAUAUAUCUCAUCCUACUUGCAAUUCAUUAAAGUAUUUAAAAAAUUUUCUCAGAAAUAAGCCUCUUCUUGAUGCUGUGACGUAUCACCAUUACAGUAUGCAUCAAAAUCUUUCUACAAUGGAGAUGUUUCUUAACCCGUUUUAUCUUGAUAAAUUUCAUGAAGAAAAUGGUUGGAUACGCUCAUUGAUUACUUCAGAAAAAAUGAAUGUUGAUCUUUGGUUGGGUGAAACGGGAAGUGCUAGUGGCGGAGGUGCUCAGAAUCUUUCAGAUACUUUUGCAUCAGGGUUCUUAUAUUUAGGAAAACUAGGAACUGCCGCUGCUGAUUGUCAUAAAGUUGUUAUUAGACAGACUUUGUACGGCGGGUAUUAUGGAAUGUUAGACCCCAUCACACAUGACCCGCUGCCUGACUACUGGAGUUCUCUUUUGUAUAAAAAACUUGUUGGGCAAGUUUUAUUAUCACAUCAAUCGCUUAAAAACGGUUAUUUACGUAUAUAUACAUACUGUGCUCGAAAUUCAUCUACUCAAGUAGUUAUAAUGGCUAUUAAUUUUAACGUUGAUAAUGAAGCAAUCUUGCAAGUAAAAAUGUUUGGUUAUAGCUUAGUUGAAAAGUUUAUACUUACGGCGCCAAAUAAAAAUCUUCAGUCUAAAGUAGUUUUAUUAAAUGGAGAACAGUUAAAGUUAAAAUCGGAUGGAAGUCUUCCGAAUCUUAAUGGAACAUUUGAUAGGCAACCAUUUUCUUUACCUCCUCAGAGUUACGGAUUUUUCGUUUUGCAAAACGCCGAGUUGGAUGGUUGUAAAGACAUUUUUUAGAACCUUGGUUAGAUAUACUUAAUAUUGGAAAGUGAAUUAAAGAAAAAUAUCGGAAGAUAAA